AUGACAACAGUUAUUCCACUCGAUCAAGAGACAAAUUAACUUAAUGCAUCUAGUUAGCCUAAUGAGACCAAUAUCGAAGACUAUGACGAGUUUAGAAGACCCCCAAUAUUGGAAAUAUGUCUUAAACACUAAGUAUAUGAUUUAAUGAAUUUAGUCUGCAACAUAAUUUGCUAUAGCAGAUGCUAAAGUUGAUUUAAAUAAGAAUAAUUUAUGUCCUUGUUGUGGACAACCUGUAAUUCUUACUUAAUUACCAUUGACAGCAUCUAUUUUAGAUUUCAGUUUCAAUGGACCUGGAGUUUCACUUUAUUUUGAUUUCUUGGUAUUUAGUUCGAUAUUGAUUUCUACAUUUAUGUAAUGUAUUUAUGAAUAAUUAUAGUAUUAUUUGUGGAAUCUAUGACUUAAUAGCAAGUUCUUUAGGAGAGACAUGUUAAUUAUUAAAUGAAUUAGGAGAAUUAGAAUGUAUAGACAAUUUUUAUAGUUAAUUUGCUAAAUCAAAUUAAGAUAAUAAGGAUGUUGAUAUAGCAGGAAGUGUAUUAAACUUUAUUACAACAUUAAUCUUAAUAGUAUUAUUGUUUUUAUACAGAAAAAGAAUUAAUAUUUUGGCAAAUAAAAUUGAUGAAAAAAGUAUAUUAGCAUCAGAUUAUUCUAUAAUUGUUGAAAAUAUUCCAAGAGAUGCAAAAGAAGAAGAGAUUAAAGAAUUCUUUAGUAAAAUUAACAAUCAUGAAUAUAAAAUAUAAAAGAUUUGUAUGGGAUUCUAGAUCUAAUAGUAUUUACAAAUUUUAAAACAAAAAUAAGAUUAAGAGAAGACUUUUACUAAGAUUUUAGAAUGUGAAAGAUUAGGUAAACCAAUUCCUCCUUAAUUACCAAAUAAAGUUGAUUUAACAUAAACAUUAGAUUAAUUAGCAAAUCAAUUAGAUAAAUAUGAAGAAAAUUUUGAAACUUCCUUUUAAUUUAGUGGUGUUGCUAUUAUUUCAUAUAAUACAGAAGAUGAAGCUAAUGCUGUAUGCAAAUUUUUUAGAGCAACAAGAUUACAUCUUAUUCUAUCUUAAGUUAUGAGAGUAAUAGGUUAAAAAGAUAUCAGAAGAUUUAGAGAUAAUGUUAUUGUAGUAUCAAAAGCACCUGAACCUGGAGAUAUUUUAUGGGGAAAUUUGGGAGUCACAUUAUUAGAAUAAUAUAAAAGAAAAUUGAUAACAAAUCUAGCAACAAUAUUUUUAUUAGGAAUUUGUUUUGGAAUUUUAUUUGGUUUAUCUUAUGGUUAAUUUUCAAUGACUGAUACAGGUAAAGGAGAAGAAUUAUCAUAAGCAGAAAUUAUUGCAAUUACAGUUUUAGGAGUUAUUGCUUCUGUUUUAAUUUCAAUUAUCAAUAAUAUUUUGGCUAUUAUUAUUAGAAAAUUUGCUGAAUUAGAAGCACCAGCAACUAAAACUGAAUAUGAUAUUAGUGCUGCAAAGAAAUUAGGAUUUGCUUAGUUUCUUAAUACUGCAAUAAUCACAUUAAUUGUUAAUUUGGUAAUUAUAAAAGAAGGAGAAAAAUCAUAUUAUGCUGUAAUUAAACAAGGAGGUUUAAAUUAAGAUGUUAUGUUGAUCUUUAUUACUAAUGGAAUUAUGCCUUGGUUAACAAGUAUAAUUGAUCCAUUCUACUUAUACAAAUUAUUUAUGAGAUUCUAAAUUCAAUCUUAAGGUUAGACAUGUAAUGUAACAUAAUAAGAAGCAAAUGAGUAAUUAAUAUUAUUAAUUCUAGGCAUUUUGCAGGACCCAUGAUUGAUUUAUCAAAAAAAUAUGCAUAAUUAGGAAAGACUUUAUUAUUUACAUUUUUCUAUGCAUAUUUAUUACCACUUGGACCAGUACUUUCAUUAGGCUCAUUAUUGGUGAUAUAUUGGGUUGAGAAAUUUCUAUUACUUAGAAGAGAUUCUAAGCCAGCCCCAACAGGAAGUGAGAUGGCAGAAGAGAUGAUAGACUUUUUUGGAGAAUUCACUUUAUUACUUUAUGCUGUAUUAAAAAUAUUAAGAAUUAGAUUGGUUGUCUAGUUUGGGAAACUAUUUUAAAUGAAACCAUAUUUCCUUUAACAUGGGUACAAUUUGCAAUAGCAAUAUUGAAUUUCUUAAUUCCCAUAGAUACAAUAUUUGAUUUAUUUUGGAAAUCUGAAGAUAUUUCAACUCAAGAAUUCUAUGAAACUUAAUGUUAUAAAUUUUGGGAUGAUUAUGAUAGAAGAAAUCCAAUAACAGCUGAAAAAGCCAUUGAAACAUUUUUGAAGAAUACAACUGAAGCACCUUAAUAAUAAUAAGUAGAUGGAAGAGGAAAUGUUGUACCAAAGUUUUAAGAUUAUAAGAAAUAAGAUAAAAAGAAAAAGAAUAAGAAUAAAAAUAAAAAAGAGAAUUGA